AUGGCAUUUUUGUCAUUGAACCAGGAAAUGAUGGUGCUCGUUCUUCAAUUUCUUGAUGAAGAGAAUUUGAGGGAGACAUUGCACAAGAUGGAACAAGAAACGGGUAUCUACUUCAAUCUGAAAUAUUUUGAAAAGCAAGUUCUUGCCGGAGAAUGGGAAGAGUGUGAGAAGUAUCUCGCUAGUUUUACGAAUAUCAAUGAUAAUGGUUACUCUAUGAAAAUGAUUUAUGAAAUAAGGAAGCAGAAAUAUUAUGAGGCGUUGGAUAGUAAUGACAAAACAAGGGCUAUUGAAAUUCUGGUGAAUGAUUUGAAAAUCUUUUCAACAUAUGAUCAAGCAUUGUACAAGCAAUUAACAAAUCUCAUAACCCUUGACAAUCUUAGGGAGAAUAUAUAUCUGUCAAAAUAUCAAGAUGUGAGAACAGCUAGAAUCCUACUGAUGACUGAGCUUAAGAGGUUGAUUAACGUUAAUAACAGACUCAAUAAUAAGCUUAAGCUUCCAAAAUUGAGUGAGUCGCGGCUGCGACACCUAAUAAAUCAUGGAUUGAAUUGGCAGCAUGUGUUAUGUAAAAAUCCGCAGCAAAGUCCAGACAUUGCAACGAUUUUAACUGAUCAUACUUGUGAUCAGCCAAAUGCUGCAAAUCAUCAAUCUCUUGAAGUUGCGCCAUUUCUAUCAGCCCCUGUAGCUCCUAAGGCUAAUGCUCUACCGGCAUGGAUGGUGAAUGGAAAUCCUUCCUCAUCUUCUCGACCACUUUCUGCGCUGACAGCUUCCACAUUGCCUGGUCCUUCAAAUCUAGCCAAUAUUCCGAGGCAUACAAUAAGAACACCGAUUACUCAUUCACCGAUCAGUGAUCAAGAAAUAAGACGGCUUCUGUUACCUCAAACUUUUGAAGAGGCUGCACCUGCCGCACGUACCGUUACACCUCAACAAGAGCCUCAGCUGUUUCACGAACUUCCUCGAGUUAUUGUGUCGAAUGUCUGUCAGCAAUCAGCUGUGACAAGCAUGGAGUUUCAUCCUUCCAUCCAUACUAUACUAGCUGUUGGAAAUGCAAAUGGUGAAAUUUCACUUUGGGAUCUAAGGUUGAGACAGAGGCUGAUGUUAAAGUCUUUCGAAAUAUGGAAUAUUUCUAAUUGUUCGGCUGAAUUUCAGGCUCAGGCUGCGGAUUUGAAAGAAUCGCCGAUAUCUGUCACUCGUGUAACAUGGAGCCCACAUGCUAGAUUUUUUGGGGUUGCUUUUUCAAAGCAUUUGAUUCAGUUGUAUACCUCCUAUCAUGUUUCUAAGAGCCUACAAAAGUAUUUGGAGAUUGAGGCUCAUGAUGGUAGAGUUAAUGAUAUUGGAUUUUCGUUUUCGAAAAAUCAGUUAUGCAUUGUAACUUGUGGAGAUGAUAAGUUAAUAAAGGUAUGGGAUUUGAAGGGUCAUAAGAUCUUUACCUUUGAAGGUCAUGCAGCACCAGUUUAUUCGGUUCUUCCUCACUCGAAGGAAAAUCUCCAGUAUUUAUUUUCAACUUCGGUUGAUGGGAAAAUCAUGGCAUGGGUCUUUGAUAACAAGAACUUUCGGGUUGAAUAUGACACUCCUGGAAAUUGUUGCACCGCAAUGCUCUAUAGUGCUGAUGGAACUAGAUUGUUUUCUUGCGGAACAAAUAAAGAAGGAGAUUGGUUUCUAGUGGAGUGGAAUGAUAGCGAGGGAUCAAUAAAAAGAACAUAUUCUGGAUUUAAGAAAAGCUUUGCGGGUAAUGUGCAAUUCGACACCACAAAGAAUCGGAUUUUGGCUGUUGGUGUAGACAACCAAAUUAAGAUUUGGGAUAUGGAUAAUAUUAAUCUUCUGACAAGUACAGAUGCUGGUGGAGGUCUUUCGAGUCUACCUCUCGUGAAGUUCAAUAAUGAAGGAAAUCUGCUUGCGGUUACUACAGAAGGUGGUUUCAAAAUCCUUUCUAGUGCUGAUGGUUUCAAAAGCCUAAAUGAUGCAAAGAGGGAAGCAGAUAUUGCUAUAGCUAGAAGCAUUGAGAACAGAAGAAAUUUGAAUGAAAUUUCUAAACCUUGGAAGGUGAACGAAAUCGUUCAUCAUGCUCAGUGUCGAAGAGUUACUAUGCCGGAGAGUAUAGGUCCCAGUAACAAUGUUUGUCUUCUAUACACAAAACCUGGAACUGGUCUUCUAGCUCUUGGUUCAAAAGGGGUUCUGAAGAUGUGGAAAUGGAGCGUUACUCCAUCCAAUCAUACUGGAAAGGCGACGACAAGUGUUAACCCUGAACAUUCGACACCGACUAAGGGCAUUUUUAUGACUAAUGAUGUCCCGAACAAUAAGGACGCCAUUCCCUGCUUGGACAUUUCAAAUAAUGGUACCUAUGGCUUAGCUGCAUGUGGAGGAAUUGUUUCAUUGUUCAAAAUGGUGUCAUCAUAUAAAGUAUUGCAUCAGUUUAUGAGUCCUCCACCGGCUGCAACGUGCAUUGCUUUCAUCCCUCAAGACAAUAACAUUGCUGCGAUCGGAAGGGAAGAUUCUGUGAUUCAUAUUUUCAGUAUUAGGCACGGCGAGCUUAUAGCGGAAUUGAAGGGUCACCAAAAGUACAUUACUAGUAUAGCUUUUUCGCUUCGACAGAAUAUAAUGGUUUCUGCAGGCGCUGAUGCUCAGCUCAUCUCUUGGAACAUGAACACGUGGACUAUGAAUAAAUCAGCAUCAAUCCAAAUGCGAACUGGUGAAAAUGCGGCUCUAAGUGAGACUAAAGUUCAAUUUCACAGUAAUCAAGAGCUGUUGCUGGCAUGCCAUGAGACUCAGCUAGUAAUAUAUGAUGCUUCAAGAAUGAAACCAAUCAUUCAUUGGCUGCCACAAGAUGAUGAUGGGUUGUCAGCUUGUGCCAUAUCGUCUGCCACCUACUCGUCAAAUUUCAAACAAAUUUAUGCAACAUUUAGUGAUGGAAACAUCGGAGUAUUUGAUGCUGGCAGCCUCAUACUAAGAUGCCGUAUUGCUCCAUCUGCAUACCUAUAUCAGACCCCAUCAACCAGCGGAAAUGUGUACCCUCUUGUUGUAACAGCAAAUCCAGAUGAGCCCAGUCAAUUUGCAAUUGCACUUUCAGAUGGGACAAUUAAUGUUAUUGAGCCUAAAGAGUGUGAAACUUGGUGGUGAAGUAAAGUGGUUGUUGCUGAACUUGGUGGUGAAGUAAAUCACUGCCAUCCAUUUUCAUAAUUUUAGUUUAUUUCAAUUAUUGAGUUAUUGAUCAAUUGUGAAACUUUCAUAAUUUUAUGUUUGGUUGAAUAGUCGUUGAGAUAUAUGUUUUGGUUAAGUUACCUUGUGCUUAUGGUUUAUAAAAAUCAAAACUUCAUUAUUACCUACUUAACACAUAAAGGAAUCAUUGCUCAAAUG